GAGUGCCGCGCCACUGGCCCUGGACGCUGGAUCCUGACAUGGAAGGUGGCUCCAGCAGACAGUGGACGCCCCGUGGCGCGCUUCGAGCUGCGAAUUGAGGACGGUGGCUUUUUCGUGACUGUGGCCGAGGUGGAGCCAACAGAGGCGGCAAACGGCUUUGAGCUGUGCGAGGAGCAGCUGAGUGCGCGCAUUAUUUCCCGUCUGCAAGCCUCUGGCUCCCUACGCGCGCGAGUGGCGGCCGUCGGCCGCGGUGGGGCAGCGCAGAGCGAGGAGGUCCGUGUAUGUCUCUGGGAGACAGAAGUGCAAGAAGGCAUGCAGGCCAUGCUGUGCACGGGA